UGAGAGGCUCCGUGUGACGGGAGGAGUCCGGACGCUUCGUCCCAAGAACCGCCGGCAGCACCUCGACAGCUCAGCGAGCCUGGAGGGGCCGAGGUGGGAUGGACACUAAAGGAAGCUCUCUGCCCUCCAUGCCCGAACCAGCCAACCCCAUCAGCAUGAAGCAGCCGCCGCCGGAGACCCUCGGCGUACGGAAAGGUCGGGGGGACAUGAGCAGCGACCCGGCUCUGCUCAUGGACAAAGCCGCCGCCCAGCUGGCCGCCACACUACAAGACGGCGCCCUCCAGAAGAUGGCCGGCCACAGUCAUAACCACCACAGCCACGAGAGGCUCAAAGACCUCACCUCCCGUGUGCUGAACGGCGAGCAAGACCCGCCGCCCAAGCUCUGUGCUCCGGAGACCCCCGUGCUCAAGGGCGCCGAGACCCCGGCCAUCAACGGAACCCAUCAGCACCAGUGCGGCCCUCAUACAGAAGCUGAACUGAAGGUGACGGUGCCCCAGGUGGUGGAGCCGCCGCCGUUUGAACCGUGCGGCGCCAACGGGACCAGUCUGGCGAGCGAAGGGACGAUAUCCGGACCCGAGAAGAGACAGGACGUGAAGAAGAGAGGAGGGAGACCUGUCAAACCCAAACCUCAACCCAACCACAGCUCCUCUCUCGUCCCUCCGGAGCAAGUGGACCACACGAAGGCUGCUGAAGGAACCGGAGCAGCUGACAAGCUCGAUCUCCUCCCUGAGGUGAAGGCGGAGGCGUCAGAAAAGUCUCCGUCACUGAUCCCUCGUUUUGCUGUGGGUGACCUGGUGUGGACGAAGGUGUCGGGGUACCCCUGGUGGCCUUGCAUGGUGACCACAGACCCAGAGUUCAGCCACCACUUCAAACAGAAAGCAGCCAACAGCAGGUCAGGCCUCCUCUACCAUGUGCAGUAUUUUGGAGAUGCUCCGGAGAGAGGCUACAUCUUUGAGAAGAACAUGGUGUUGUUCUCUGGAGAGGAUCAGUACCAGCAGCUCAGUCUGGGCAACAAACAAGCCGCCUCCUGCAACAUCCACAAAAAGACGACUCCAUCCGUCCCACGAAAGCUCCAGGCCCAGUGGAACAUGGGCAUCAUUCAGGCCAAGGAGGCCCUCAGCAUGUCGCUGGACGAGCGCAUGAUGAACUUUACCUUUCAGUACGAUGAGGACGGGCCGCGCCUGAACCUCGGGAUCCUGGAGAAACUGAAACCAAAAGUCUGCGAGGAGAUGAACCAGGAAUCUGUGUCACGCCUGAGCCCAGAACUUCCAUCCCUGCUGGGUCCCGUUUCUUCUGAACCAGUUGAACCAGUCGUACCUCAGAAGAAGAAGAGACGACCCAGACAGCCUCCGUCUCCAACCAAGACGGUGAGGAGACGGAAAAAAGCUGCAGUGGAGAACUCUGCCAAUCCGGUGAAGAAGAGGAAAUCAAAGCUGGUGCCACCGACCGACCCGGCUUCAGAACUCGUCUCAGCCCCGGUUCCAGUUCCAGUGGACAAAGUGAAGAAAAGGCGAAAGCGAGCGACUCCUGCAGAGCAGACGACCGAUUCUUCAGUUAAGAGGGAGAGAAAGAAGGCGCCUAAAAGGAAGCUGUCGGACUCGGCAGCCGAUAAGGAGCAGGCGCCCAAGAGACGCAAGAUGAGCAAAGAUGCUGAGAAACAGGCUUCGACUUCGGAGGGAACGCAGCAAAAGAGGAGAAGAACCAAGAAAACUGACGUGGAAGUGAAGGAAACCAAGAGACGUCAGAAAAAGACAAAAGAUCCUCUGGCUGCCGAUCCAGACGCGGUGAAACCAAAGCGCAGGAGGAAAAGGAAACAGGAUGGCGAGAACCAGGCCAAACCUGCCAAGACGAAGAAGAGAAGGGCCUCUCCGUGUCCUGAUCCUGAGGGCUCUGGGAGUGAAGGACGUCCUGAGUCUCCGAGCGACAGCUUGGACGGGACGAAAAAGGGCGAACGGAAGAAAGAAUUUGUUUGCCAGGUGUGUGAGCAGGCUGGUGAGGACCUGCUUCCCUGUGAAGGACAAUGCUGCGGCAUGUUUCACCUGCACUGUCUGGGUCUGUCGCUAAAACCCGACGACAAGCUGCUGUGUCGGGAGUGCAGCACCGGAAUCCACUCGUGUUUCUCCUGUAAGCAGUCCGAGGGCCAGCUGCUCCGCUGCCACGUGCUGCACUGCGGCAAGUUUUACCACGAGGCGUGCGUCCGCCUCAACUCGCUCACCCACUUCGACAACAAGGGCCUCCGCUGCCCACUGCACGCCUGCCUGAGCUGCCACUACGGCUGCCGAGCCAAGCACAAGUCCACCAAGGGCAGGUUGAUGCGCUGCCUGCGCUGCCCGGUGGCGUACCACAUCGGUGACCUGUGUGUGGCAGCCGGCAGCGAGAUGAUCACCAACACCGCCAUCAUCUGCACCAACCACUUCAACGCCAAGAAGGGCUACAGCCACCACAGCCACGUCAACGUCAGCUGGUGCUUCGUCUGCUCCAAAGGAGGACAGCUGCUGUGCUGCGAGUCGUGUCCGGCAGCUUUUCACCCCGACUGUCUGAACAUCGCAAUGCCUGAUGGGAGCUGGUUCUGCAACGACUGCAGAGCCGGGAAGAAACCCAAGUACAGAGACAUCAUCUGGGUCAAACUCGGAACAUACAGAUGGUGGCCUGCAGAGAUCUACCACCCGAGGGUCAUCCCCACCAACAUCCAGCACCUUCGCCACGAGAUCGGAGAGUUUCCCGUCUUCUUUUUCGGAUCCAAGGAUUACUUCUGGACUCACCAGGGCCGCGUGUUUCCCUACAUGGAGGGAGACCGGGGCAGCAAGCACCAGAGGACCGGAAUCGGCAAAGUCUUCAAGAACGCUCUGUUGGAGGCUGACGCUCGAUUCAAGGAGAUAAAGAUUAAACGAGAGGCGAAGGAAGCGCAGGAGAACAGUCGGAAACCGCCGCCAUACAAAUUCAUCAAGGUCAACAAACCCUUCGGCAAAGUGCAGGUCUACACCGCCGACAUCUCUGAGAUCCCAAAGUGCAACUGCAAGCCGGCGGACGAGCGGCCGUGCGGGUUCGAGUCCGAGUGUCUGAACCGCAUGCUGCAGUACGAGUGCCACCCGCAGGUGUGUCCCAGCGGCGAGCGCUGCUGCAACCAGGACUUCACCAAACGUCUGUACCCAGAGACCAAGAUCAUCAAGGCGCCCGGCAAAGGCUGGGGCCUGGUCGCCCUGCGGGACAUCAAGAAGGGCGAGUUUGUGAACGAGUACAUCGGCGAGCUGGUGGACGAGGAGGAGUGCCGGGCGAGGAUCAAGUACGCCCACGAAAACAACAUCACUGACUUCUACAUGCUCACCAUCGACAAGGAUCGGAUCAUCGACGCCGGGCCGAAGGGAAACUACUCUCGCUUCAUGAACCACAGCUGUCAGCCCAACUGUGACACGCAGAAGUGGACGGUGAACGGAGACACGCGAGUCGGCCUCUUCGCCGUCCGGGACAUCCCAGCAGGGACCGAGUUGACCUUCAACUACAACCUGGAUUGCCUCGGCAACGAGAAGACGGUUUGUCGUUGCGACGCCCCAAACUGCAGCGGCUUCCUCGGGGAUCGGCCUAAGAACUCGAACGGCCAAGCAGCCGAGCCCAAAGCGAAGAGGUUGAAGAGGAAGUAUAAGAAGAGGAAGAGCGAGGGAAAGAAAAAGUCCGAGGACGAGUGUUUCCGCUGUGGAGACGGAGGUCAGCUGGUGCUCUGCGGAAAGAAGGCCUGCGCCAAAGCUUAUCACCUGACCUGCCUGAACCUCACCAAGAGGCCCUUCGGACGGUGGGAUUGCCCCUGGCAUCAUUGUGACGUCUGCGGGAAAAACUCGGACGCGUUCUGUCAGCUCUGCCCGAACUCCUUCUGCAAGGCCCACCACGAGGGGGCGCUGCGCCCGUGGCCCACCACCGGGCAGCUGUGCUGUCUGGAGCACGAGGAGCUGGAGGGAGUCGACAGCCAGGACCCGGGGAUCAGCUCGGAGGCAACGCCAUCCACCACCACCACAACCGACACCACCGCUGGUCGUCCUCCCAAAGGCUCCAGGAAGGCCGACGGCGCCCAGGCCAAAACAAAGGGCUCGAAGAGGAAAGCAGCAGAGGCCUGAGUGACCUUUGACCCCUCCGAGAGCCAAAAGACCAAACCAGACUCUGACCCUUGCUCCCCUCGUUAGAAACAAAUAUAAACCCCACGUUAUACCGUCUUCACCAUCACAGGAACCAAGGCACUGUUCAUCCUCGUCGUCAGGGAAACCGGCUUGAAGCUCACGUGCUCGAGCUCCAGCGCCGCCGCUCCGACCUUCUUCACCUUUAACCUUUGACCUCUUUCAGGUUUUGUUUUGAACUCGUCUGCACUGAGGCACCGAGCA